GGAGCUUCAGUAUUUACAACAACAUUUGUCUGAAGCCUUCGCGACGCUGCUGUCCAUCACAGACAGACAGACAGACAGACAGGGAGUCAACCCGUCGGUGAGACAGCUUUUGUAUUCUUCCUCUGCUACACGAUGGCUGUCGCUUCCAGUUCGGACUUCUUUUGUGCAUUUUGGAGACAUAUUUCCCACAAUGUUGGCGAGUGAAAUCCGUCUACCUUGUGUACUGCAGUGGUGCGCAGCUUCGCCUGGAGAAACACCUGUACGCCUCUUCUCUCCACUGGCCCCACAGCCAUGAAUGUUGAAUAGGCAACAGAUUACCCCUAAGGCGCGGCGUCUGUCUGCAUUUAUCUAAGAGAAAGAAGCAGAGAGGGAGCAGCACAAAUACCGCACAGCCAGACAUCAUGCAAGGCGAAUCCUUCCCUCGCUGCAGAGUGCUGAAAUGUUAGGACUGAAGAGCAAGAGUGUCAGAUCGAAUCAGCAGACUGUUUACCGUAGGGGGGGCAAUAAGAGCUGCUUGACACUAUACUCACUAACGCCCUGUGUGUGGUUUAAUGCCCCUUUCAAUCACAAUCAAGAAAAGACGUGUUAACUGAUCUUUCAUCAGCACUUUUUCCAGCCAACGUCAGAUUCAGCAAUCCGAGCCGAGAUGGAGUGGUCACUGGAGAACGUGAGAGAGAUGGUGGCUGGAGGCAUGCAGUCCAUAAGGGAGUGUGAGAUCUGUGCUUUUGCCAUAGCCAUGUGUGUGCUGCUGCUGUUUAUGUGGUACUGUUACAGGGUGGGCCGCGAGCACGGCUCCAGCCCCCUGCGUGGGAGGUAUCUGUCUGGGCCCAGUCGGAUCGGAGGAGUGGUGGGGGGCUUCAUGAGUUCAGACUGCCGAAACAGGGGCAAAGGGAAGCAGGGGUCGAUGCUGGAGGAGCAGAACGGCUUCGCUUUCUGCCAGUCGUCAGACUGCUUCCGAUGCACCAGCGCUGGAGAGAGUCUGAACCAGAAGCUCUAUCACAGCCUGCAGGACUACGCCAAACGCUACACCUGGUCAGGAAUGGGCAGGGUGCACAAAGGAGUCCGUGAUCAAGGCCGAUACCUAAACAGCCGACCCACCAUCCAGCGGCCAGAGGUGUUCUUCCUCCCAGACCUCCCCUCAGCCCCGUUCUUUUCCAGAGAAGUGCAGAGACAUGACGUGGAGCUGCUGGAGCAGAGCUUCCCCGCCCUCAUGGCCGAGUUUGAGAGCAUCUACCACCAGCCCCCGGCCCGCAGCGGCUCCUCCCUGCCACCAGGGUGGAAAUCCAACAACACCCCACGUGGGCAGUGGUGGACCUACUACCUGGUCAACCAAGGCACCCCCCUGGUUCUCAACGUGAGGAGGUGUCCGCGGGCCUGGAGGGUGCUGGGCCAGCUGCGCACCUUCAUUGCCAACAACGUGUUCGGAAACGCCUGCUUCUCCGUGCUGACUCCUGGAGCGCUGAUCACCGAGCAUUACGGUCCAACAAACGUCCGGCUGCGCUGCCACCUGGGUCUCAGAGUGCCCCCCUCCUGCGAGCUGGUGGUUGGUGGAGAGCCACAGUGCUGGUCUGAGGGCAGCUGUCUGCUAUUCGAUGACUCCUUCCUCCACAGGGCCUUCCACGAGGGCGGUGCAGAGGACGGCCCCCGGGUGGUCUUCAUGGUGGACCUCUGGCACCCUAAUGUGGCCGCUGCUGAGAGACAAGCCUUGGACUACAUUUUUACUCCAGGUCGCUUAGAGGACAAAGAAGGGAAAUAGGUGUGAGUGAGAAACCGUGUCUGACAGAGAGACAGAUGGCGUUUUAGGGAGGUGUCUGUAUGAUUGGGGAGCAUCUCUUUUUCUGCCUCCAGACCAGCUCUCACAUCCACUGUGUACAUAUUCUCCGUCUCCUAUCUCAUAACUCUCUUAGCAGAUGACCAAACAUUGGGCCUCUUUUAUCAUUCAUGUGUAAUAAAAGGCAGCCACAAUUGAAAGUAGAUUUUUUGCAAAACUUAGCAGGAGCACGAUUGUUCAUGGAGCCAUCUAAAUAACAUGGCAGGGACCUUUUGAAUCUUUGAAUGUUAAUGCAUUUGCAUAUAGAUGAAUGCUGUGACUGAACAGUUAAUCAAAUCUGUUCUGGACCCACUUUACCCAUAUAGGAUUAUUUGUAAAUCUCAAAUUAGUUUAAUUUCUGCUUGAAACUGUUCAACAGUAACAAGCAAAGUACAUUACAGAUUUGAUAAAUGGCUCAAAGCAAGCCAAACAAUAACCGUCAUCAUCUUACACUUCUGCUUUACAGUAUGUAUGGAGCCAUAAGGCCACAUAGUCUGAAUGAACUGAAGUCAUUGAGUUGGCAUUUAUGGGUCCGGAGUUAUCCCCACUUGUUGGUGGUAUUACUUUGCACUUAACAUCUAACACUGAUUGCUUUACACUUACUGUUACACCUAUAUCUUUGCAAGGGCUAAACAUUUGAUCGUUAGACUUUUUAUAUUACUCAACACAUCCGGUCACACUUAAGAUGCAUUGUUUUAUUCACACAAAAACGGUUGUCAGCAGGCGCGUCGUAAGGGGGUGAAAAGUUAGGACGAUUCUAAGGGCCCGUGACUGACAGGGGCCCAAACCAUUUUAGAACAUUAAAGGUGGGGUAUGUAAUUUAUUUCAGAAACACUUUUUGUUAUAUUCCAUGGA